AUGGCACAUGUCAGUGGCUCACCUGACGGCACUCACCCGCAGCCCUCGGGAGAAUCGUCCAAGAUGGGGGCGGCCGACGUCUUGCAGGUCGAGCACGGGGCCCAACGGCCAACCGACGACAUCCAGCAGGCCAGCCGGGACAAGGCAGCCCAGUUCCUCAAGCAAGCAGACCAUUCGGUCGUGGUCACGCCCGCUGACAGCGCCCGGGUGUGCCGCAGCAUCGACUGGCACAUACUGCCCAUCAUGCUGUUCGUGUACUGCCUGCAGUCGCUGGACAAGACGACGCUGUCGUACGCGUCCGUGUUCGGCCUCAUUGACGACACGCACCUCGUCGGCAACGAGUUCUCGUGGCUCGGCUCCGUCGUCUAUCUCGCGCAGCUGGUCUUCCAGCCGCUCGUGGCGUACAGCCUGGUCAAGUUCCCCGUGGGCAAGUUCAGCGCCGUCAUGGUGUUCUGCUGGGGCGCCGUGCUGUGCGGCAUGACGGCCGCGCACGACUUUGGCGGCCUGAUGGCCUCGAGGUUGCUGCUCGGCGCGUUCGAGGCGUCUGUCGCCCCGACCUUCAUUGCCAUUGUGCAGAUGUGGUACAGGAGACAGGAGCAGACGACGAGAAAUGCUUCGUGGUACGCCAUGCUGGGUAUUGUCAACAUACUGGGCAGUCUGUUGACGUAUGGGCUCGGGCACAUCAAGUCUUCUUUGCGUCCGUACCAGGUCAUCUUCUUGUUUUGCGGAUGCAUCACCGUGGCCUUCUCCAUUGUGAUUUUCAUAUUCAUGCCCGACUCUCCCAUGACGGCCAAGUUUCUGAACCGAGACGAUAAACUCAUUGCUAUUGAGCGGCUUCGCAUGAACCAGAUGGGCAUCGGUUCCGGCGUUUGGAAGUGGGACCACGUCAGGGAAUGUGUCAUGGAUCCCAAAACAUGGCUGUGGUUCCUCCUCAUGUUUGUCAUAUCCAUCCCCAGCGGCGGCAUCUCCACCUUUGGCCCGCUCAUCAUCCAGUCGUUUGGGUUUGACAAGUUCACCACCAUCCUCUUCAACAUCCCCUUUGGUGUCGUCCAGAUGGUUGCCACGCUGGGCGGCGCCUGGAUCGCCAACCGCAUAAACAUGAAGUCGCCCGUCCUGCUACUGCUCUGCCUGCCGCCCAUUGCCGGCUGCAUCAUCCUGCUCUCCGUCGGUCGCGCAGCAAGCGAUCGAGCCGUCCUCCUGGUCGGAUACUACCUCAUCUCGUUCUACCCCGGCAUCUCCCCGCUCAUCUACUCCUGGUCCGGCCAGAACACGGGCGGCGAUACCAAGAGAAAGGUCACCACGGGCAUGCUCUUUGUCGGCUCUAGCGCCGGCAACGUCGUGGGACCCCUGCUCUUCAAGCCGAGCGAGAAGCCGCGGUACGACAGGGGCUUGAAGACGAACCUGGGGCUGUUUGUCACGCUGGCGGUCCUGAUCGUCCUGGGGAUGGGCCUGAUUCGCGUCUUGAACGCCAAGCAGGCUCGCAAGAGAAGAGAGGUCGGCAAGGCAGAGCACAUUGAGGACUUGAGCAUGAAGAAGACCACGGCGGAUGGCGACGGGGUGUUGAACCGCGCCGAGGAGUCGGAGGCGGUGGGUGACAAGGCGUUUGACGACGUGACGGAUACGAAGAAUGAGGAUUUCAUCUAUGUGUAUUAG